AUGUCCUUCACUGAGUUUGGGAGGUCUGACUCCCAUCUCCGGGGGUGGACGGCCUGCGGACCGUCCGCAGGGGGUCUUAGCGACGUCCCAAAUAUUUGGGAGUCGGAACUCCAAUAUUUGGGAGUCAAAUCACACCAUACGGCUCAAGAACUGGACUCUACGGAUAAAUUCACCCUUGGUCACCACGGAGGCGUCACUGGAACACACUUGGAUCAACAACUACCCAACAGUGGACAACAUAUCACAAGGAUUUCAUCCAUCAUUACAUGUCACCAAUCUCAAUUACAAACCUCAAGCUACACAGACACCCUCACUAAAAAAACUCAUGUAAUAGCCCAGAAGGGCAGAGCUUGCACCUCCACCAUCCCCUUCUCCAUUCAGCAAAAAGGGUCUUACAACCACUUUUUGAGUCUUACAGCGGGUAUCCAUGGAUACCUGCUCAGAUACCUGCUGCGGCCGACAGAUACCCGCCAGCGGGUGCAAAUGGCCAUUUUGCCGGAAAAAGCAGCCGGAUAUCCGGAUGCGGAGAAAUCCUUCUGGAAAACAGGGGAUAACAACCCCAUCAACUGGAGGGAAUCCCUUCUGGUUGAUAGGGUUGUUAUCCCCGUCAAGCAGAAGGGAUUCCUUCCAGUUGAUGAGAUUGUUAUACCUCAUCAAUGGGAAGGGAUUCCUCCUGGUUGA